CCGACAGUCGAAGCUCAAAAAUGAAGGCCCAAACAAUUGCCAGUCUGCUGGGUGCGGCCGUGUUGAUGGUCCUGGUGGGUCAUGGGGCGGCCAACAAGAUUACCACUUGCCACAGUUGCGAGGGCGCCAAUUGCCAACGGAGUUCUCUGAACAAAACUCAGGCAUGUGUGGAUUCCCUUGACUUUUGUGUGACGAUUUACGAUGAAGCCAAGGUCCUUUUCAAGGGGUGCUCAUUGGAAAUUCCCUACGAACUCCGCUCCAAGUGCAAUGAUCGCCACUCGUGCUACAAGUGCAACACCGAUCGUUGCAACAACGUGGGUUCUUCCAAGUACGCCUGCAUUCAGUGCGAUUCCAGCAAGGACUCGAACUGCGCUUCCAAUGCGGCCACUUUGGCGGCAACUCGUUGUGCUGCUCCCUCCGCGCCCAACUCCUACUGCUAUGUGAAAUCCUCCAGUGGCACCAUCCAGAGGGGCUGUUCCACCACAGAGACCGAUCAGCAGUCCUGCCUCAAUGACGCCAACUGCCUGUUAUGCUCCCCAGGCGAUAUCAGGAACUGCAAUGCCGCCAAUAUCGAGACGAGUUCCGAAGUUGGCAAUCGCUUCAUUCGAUUCUUAAGAUAAUUUUGAAAUUGUGGUAUUUUUAGUCCCAUAAAUUUUAUUAACAAUGUAUGAACAAAUAAAGUAUAUAUAAAAUAAUCAACAUAA